GAACUCCCAGACCCAGCGGUCUCCCGUACGUACACUUUUCAGACCGACAUUAUUAUCGUGUUGUCUGGUCCGAGUGCCGCACGUCACAGCGCCGUCCUCCUUGAGUUACCGUCACUCUAGCUGCCCAACGAACUUGACCACCCAAGCAACGAGUCGCAACCAUGAAGGCGCAGGUCUGUGAGUCUGCCGUGAACACCUUGCCCCCCAUCAGGAGCGGGAAAGUGUCCAAGUCAAGGGAGGAGGAUUUCGAGGUGUCUAUUUACCUGGAUAAAUUGAGACACCUUCUGCCAGGUGGAUCGGCCAGGGGCAAGCCCGCGGUCGAAAAGAAGCUGAACCGACUCGAAGUCAUCGAGAGUGUGAUCCAGUACAUCAGCGAACUGCAGGACGUCUUGGACAUCGACGUCCACGAAAGAGAAAUGGACAUUUUAGAGUACGAGACCAAAAGCAUCACUCUGGCAGCGUGAGUGAAAGAGUGAAUACUAAUAAUAAUAAAAAGACUACUAUUAAUUGUUAAGAGUCACCUGGCGCCCCUUUCAAGCAGUUACUAAAAUAGAAACAAUGAAAAACUUCCAGUUCAAAAGACGGGUUUUUGUAUUUGCAUCCGUUACGAAGAAUGAAAAGGUUUGUGAAAUAUCAAAAUUGAAAGCUAAUUUGUCUCUGAAAGUUUAGAGUUGAAAAUUCCUAUCCAGUGCGUUUCGUAAGAUUUACUUUCCCAAUUGCCGUUGCAAAGUCAGUCAGAAGAUUUCCAGGUCUGCUCAGCCGAUGCAAGCGUGGGCUAGUUGCAGGUCUGUUCAACUGAUGCAAAAGUAGGCUGGUCAAGGUCUGGUCCAGCGGUGCGAGAGGAGACUUCCAGGUCUGUUCUUCACUUAGGUGCCAAGUGUAACCUUUCCAGGUUAGUUCAGCAGGUUGUCAGAAAAGCCUUUCCAGACCGUCCAACACCUGUUGCUGUGACCUCGCAGCGGCAACGCCAACAGCCACAAUCACCUUCUCCCCCUCCUCCCGCCCCUCCGGGUCGUCUAAGGACACCAGGAAGAAUUCAAUCAACUUCAGGGACUCCUACCUCCGGAACCCCUGGGGCGUAUUACCCCUCCCCCCCUCUGCGAAUCUGGAAUCUGAAAAAUUCUUAUCUGGGAAAAGUUGUUUUACAAUCCUUUAUAAGUCGUGAAACUGACGUGCUGUUGGUGGACGAACCCAUUGGUGAACUCAAAUUGUAUUAUUAUUUUAUAUAUAUAGUUCCUAUAGUCAUGUAACAUUGUACGGAAAGAAAGGGAAAAAAAGUACUUCCAAACCUGUGAAACGAUUGCAACUGGAAGUCGUAUACCAUUUUUGUUGAAUAAAUCUGUCUCUGAGCAGAAUUAAUAGAUGAAGAAACUAUGCACUCAUUAGCUACGAAGAGUACAACAAAUAAUUAUAUUUUGUGUCCCUCUGCUUACUGCUGCUCCCCUUGCGAGGCAACCGGCUUAGGCCCACUCCAGAGGCUUUGUGAAGUUUACAGUCCUCCUCUGUCUUAAACGGAUGAAGGUCUCUUUAUGUACUUAUCAGGCUGUGAACGAGAUGAGAUUGGAAACAGAACGUGCUGCUAACAACCUUCAGUGAUGACAAUCUUCAAACAUGAUUCCCUUCCCCCAUUCACUUCCGAAAGUUUGGAUCGAUAAUAUGCAGCUAUUCCUCAUGUGGAUCAUGACUCGGUGAAGGCAUGUUCCGCGUACUGUGGUCACGUGAUACUAAUAGUGUCUUAAGUUCAAAAUUUUUGUGUAAUAAGUGUGCUUGCAUGUAUGAAUGCCCAGUUCUGAGUCAUUUUCACAUAAUUGUUACAUGAAAGUUUCUCAUAUUUUUUUUUUCUCGUCAAUUAUUAUCAUUUGUGACCAUUCCCGGUGCUUUUAUAAGACUAAGGUUUCCCAGUGUAAGUUUCCACGUAAUCAACCAGUAAUGACAUGGCUGGAAUGAAAAUUGACAAAGAGAUGGGGAGAAACGAGAGCAGUUAGUUGCAAUAUCAGAUGAUGAUGGCCUUUUGUAAAACGAUGGCCUGUUCAAAGAGUAUCCGAUUUUACAAGAGAGAGAGAGAGAACUUUUGCAGCAAGUCUUUGGCAAAGGAGAUGGCUGUUGCCGUGUUCCGUCUUGAGCUCAGCUCGAGCUACCAGUCUCAGCUGUCUCUCCCCUUCCCCCUCCCAUUCCCCACCCUCCCUCUUACCAGCACCAUCCUCCUCCCAUACGAAAAUGCCCUGCGGGGCACCUUCAUGGCUGUAACAGGUGUAUCCCCCCAUCCCGUAAUACCCACAAGGGUAUAUCCUCCCAAGCCCCAAAGGCCCACGCCAGUGUCCAUUUAUGGAUAUCGGGACCCUUCCUCCGAGGAGUACGACUGGGGGAUACUCUGAGCGUCAGCUUCGGUUUUCCAGUUCUUUUUAUUUCGUCUAGAUUAACGACACAGGCAGUUGGCUCAGAACGUGAAACAUCCAUCCUUUCGUAUCCGCAAAAUAAUCCAACUUUUCGUUAUGGGAUUAGGUUUUGCUUGCUUCAUUUGAUAUAAACAUUAGCGAUAGCUUUGUAAUUUCAGAAUAGCUGGUUCUUUUCCACAACUGAAUAAUUCAAUAACUGCAGGAUUGGUUAAAUCAUUGAUACAAACACACCAACACUGCUCGAUUUAUUCUAUAUAUUAAAAUUACUGUCUUGUAAGAUUGAGUCCCAGUGAUAAUAUCUCUCUCUCUUCCACAUUAUGCCGUGGUGUGGUGGCGUGUUGGGUACUUGGGCAUCUCGGCUCUGACCAUCGUGCUUUCACUUCAUACCAUCGUCAUGCACCAGUACCCACAGCCUCCCCAUCACGCUUAUACCUGGUUUCGGAGAGAUGGGGGACUUGGCAAGAUGGGGUUGGGGAGCGCCUCUCUCUCUCUCUCUCUCUCUCUCUCUCCUCCCAGCGAACGACUAGGGGAGAUGCGUUCAGUAAGGCAGAAACGAGGCCUGAAAACCGUACACUCGAAACACUUCUUGUAAAACGGAUCGCUUUUGGACAAAGUAGUAAAGUCUUGCGAUCUGUUCCGGGGACGAAUGUAUGAUUAUGUAUCCGUUACUUUAAAAACAAUAUAUUACGCUAGAUAUAAUCUUGUCAGAGCUAUCUCCCCAACCGUCGUUUUCUCCUUGUCAUGGUAACUUGCUGGACGCAUCCUCUCGCCUUUGUGGUGGAGAUUGUGAAAGUAUUUUCGAGCCUUCGAAGCAGAACAGAAAUGGGCCUUUUUCGUUGUCUAUCCUUUGAGAGUCAUUAGGAACUCUACAAAUUCUUGGGCGGCAAUGUUUAUGUAGUUACUUUUUGAAAAUCGGACAAAUUAAGUUGUAAGAGUUUCAAAAUUCUUAAUUAAAUUACUUCUCCCUCUCUGGCAUUAAGGAAAUUUGUUAUCAGGAAAGUGAAGUAUGUAUGUGUGUAUGUAUGUAUCUUUGGAAUGAAUUCUUCAUCAUAAGGGAGAAACGGUAGCUAUUGGAUGUAAGAGGGUGUAUGUCGCCUAUAUAAAAAGAAUAUAUUUUGAAACAGCUAAGUAGGAAAAUUGUUACAAACGCCAUACAGUUCAAACAACUGAGUGUUGCCCACACUGGCGUAGAGUCGGUUCUAAGCCAUUUCGCAAGGUGCUUUGCUCUGUGCCUGGUUCCAUUUAUUUUUAUAUUAUAUAUGUGUAUUUUCUAGAGUUACUUUAAUGGGAAGUUUAUGAUAACACCAAACACUGGUGUAAGAUGUCAUUUUUUUACUAGUGGCGUUUGCUUUGUUUAAUUAGUUAAAUUAUAUAUAUAAACAUUUGUUUUACAAUUAAAUUUUUCACUGGUAAAUUUUUUUCUGGAUAACUAUUAUUGCUAUUUAUCGUUAUGCAUUUAUGAUUAUGUUCUGGCCAGAGAACACUUUUCGUAUUCUCUGUUAAAGUUGGAAUAUUAGUCAAAUUGUAGCGUAAUACUUGUAAUGUAAUACGUGUUAUACGAAAUUUUAUUGAGAGAAAUUGUAUUGUAGUGAGGGACGUUUGAAAUGACGAAACGUUUUUUCUCUUGCAGAUAACGAAGUGUAACUUGAAGUAAUUAUGACUUGUGAAAUGAUAAAAUCUUAAGAAGCAUUGUAACUCUUGGUAUCAAUUUUGAGUAGCAUAAAGUAAUUUUUUUUAACCGUGUAAAAUGAAGUAGCAGCUUGUGCUGGUGGAAGCUUCUAUCUUAAAUUAUGUGUUUUAAAAUAAGAAAUAUGAGUUGUGUCAUUUUGAUGAAUUAUUGGUAGAUUUCAAUGGUGUUUAAUAUAUUUAUUUUUAUAACAUUCUUUUCAUGGUAAUUUCCAUUUAUUGUUUACAAGACAAGGGAAAGUUUUGUAUUAAAUGCGGUGUGUUUUAGCAAAUCUUGGCAGGCAUUAUUACGCAAUUAUGAUGUAGAUUAGUCAUUUGUAUGCAAAACUGAUGAAAGAAACAAAAAAAACGUUUAGCAGACAAAAUAGUUGUGAAUAAUUUUAGUAGAAUCCUUCAUGUUAAGUGGAAAAUAAUGAGUGGAAGUACUGAGAGACAUUUUUCAGAAUGUAAUUCAGCAAAUCAAGACGUAGUACUAUAAAUCAGUCAGCAAAGCCUCGGAGUAAAUGUGAACUUUGGACGGUGAAGUGUAGCGCGACUGAAUUAUUAGGCUUAAGGUGACCUGAGUUCGGGUAAACUGUCUCUCGCAUUUUGUAAUUAGUUUACAUGCAAUGCAGUGGUUUGUCUUUUCUCUGACAGGUAGAUUGUCCUAACAUGUAUCUAAGUUAUACAUUUCCUAUAUAGCUUCGUCUCUGCUACGUGCCUACUGUGCAACUCUCAGUUUUAACAAGGCAGGAAAAUCAGCUUGAAAGCCCUGCUUAUUAUCUUCCUUAAUCUACUUAAAUCUAAUAAGGUCAAAUGACGAUAACAUUAUCUACCUGGCGAUGUCAGACUAGUAAUUUGUUUUCCAUAUGUGGUUGGACGACUGGGGCACCUGAUGAUAGAAACUGGCGCUAUCUUUUUAAGAUCAUCUGCAUCUGGCAACAUCCUAUAGCAUAAGCUGCAAUUUGGUUGGCUCCGCUUGAAGGAUUAGCCAACCGUGGGGGUUCUUAUUGCGAGAGAGGUUCCAGCCAGUCUUUUUUUUAUGUUUUUAUUAACGAUUCCUGUGAUAGCCCCAGUUCAAAAGUCCGUUAAUGUUGCUGAACUGAAUGUAUAUUUAUUGUAAUUAAAGAUUUUUUUUAUAA